CACGUCAGGCGCCAAAUUUGUAAAGUACGGAAGGCGCAACAGCGGAACACCAGCGGGUAGUGUUUUUAAUAUUUGUCGUAACAUAUCGUCUAUUUUUGAUUAAAUUAUCCCAUCCAAGAUGUCUCAGCAGGCAGGCUAUUCACCCAACUUCAAGCGACCGGCUGAAAUUAUGCGAAUGAGACGGAAAAGAGCACGAAGCGAAGCCGGUGCAUUCUCCAGCGGCCCGGGCUCCACCAGCAGUCCGGGACAAAGCGACUCAUCUCCGGCUUGCGUUCGGCCUUUCUCCCCGGGACCGCUGCAUCGCUCCGGAGGUGGAAUGAAACGCAGAAACCCCUUCGCGAAUAUCGAGAAUACUUUUAGCCCGAAAAAGAAAUUAGUUGUUUACAAUGACGAGGGGGAUGCAGAAGCUGUGGACAGUAACCAGGUAAACAAAUUGACGGAAAAGGAGGGAGAAGAGGACAUGCCGAGAAAGAGACAGUGUCGAGCAGCUUUACCUUUCAGUGCCCGGCUCACUGAGGUUGAACAACAGGAGCUGCAAGAUGCUCCAGGCAAGAAGAGUCUUAAUUUCUCUGAAGACGACUCUCUGUUUGAAGAAGAGGAGGAAGACGUUAAAAAUCCGCUGCUGAAGAGUCCCCAAGCCAUUGCGCCCGCCUCCAUAGCUCCUCCAGUCUGCACACAGUACCCAACCGACUGGAGCCUGAAGACCCGCGUCCUCUUCACCUCCCCCCUCUCUCUCUCAUGGGCAGAAAACCCUAAAGCCCAGGAGGAAGCUCUCGGGCUCAGCCAGCACUGCAGAGCUCAGUUUACCUCUCUGCCACACAGUAUACAGGAUCCCAGGUCCUGCUCUGAGCUACGUUGUGCCUUCCAGCAGAGUCUGGUGUACUGGCAGCACCCGACCCUGCCCUGGAUCUCUCUGUUCCCCAGGAUCAACGCUGAGAGGAGCUUUACUGGGAAGUGCACCCCGUGGGCACAAGAUACAGCCCUGCAGAAGAGUCUCAUGAGUGAAUGGUCGGUCAGUCUGUCGUCUCUCUACAGUCUACUGAAGACCAGGCUGUGUCCUUACUUCUACCUCUGCUCCUAUCAGUUUACGGUGUUGUUCAGGGCCGCUGGUCUCGGGGGCUCGGGUAGCAUCACAGCGUUUAUCUCCCCUACAACCAGGGGGCUCAGAGAGGCCAUGAAGGCUGAAGGUAUCGAGUUCAGUCUCCCUCUAGUGGACGAGAGGAGGAAGAGCAAGGAGCAGCAGGAAGUUGAGGUGGAGCAGAUGGAGAAAGCUCAGGACUGUUCUGAGUUAAAAGAGAGCAAGGACUGUCAGGAAGCCGAGGAAGGAGAAAGCUGUGGAUACAACAACGACGAUGAUGAGGACGACGACGACGGCAGCUUCUCCUGGCUGAAGGAGAUGGGAGUCCAGGACAAAAUCAAGAAGCCGGACAGCAUCAGCAUACAACUUCGUAAGGAGGGCACCGCUGUGUCUCUGGACCACAAACCGGAGUCCGUGGUGUGUGUGGAGGGCUCGCACACCUUCACUCUCAUCAACUUCCUCAUUAACUGUAAGAGUUUGGUGGCUACAGCGGGGUCCCAGGCGGGGUUACCCCCCACGCUGCUGGCUCCCAUCGCUUUCAGAGGAGCUACGAUGCACACGCUGAAGGCCCGCAGUGUGAACGUGAAGAGCCAGGUCGGUUCCACGUACCAGAGCAUCAGCAGUCUGGAGAUCACAGGACCCAUUCUCCCCUCCUCUCUCCAGGCCGUCACGUCCCUCCUUCGACCCGCUCAGAAAGGAAACUUCGCCGCCACUCUUUACACACACGCACCGUCAGCCGUCAUGAACACGCAAAGCAACAAGCAGCAGUGUGCUGCUGGGUCUGUGGAUCUGUGUGGGUGUGGUCUCCAUCCUGCCUCCAUCCAACAACUCCAGCAGCCCUCCAGCCUGGGCAAGACGGCUCUGACUCACAUCAACAUGAACAACUACAGCUACACCUGGAAGAACUGACAGGUGGAGGUGAAGCAGCGUGUCAGACAGCUGGGAAAUAUAAAGUGUGUGUGCUCUUGUGUUUGUGUUUUUCUUUCAAAUUGCAAACAGAUUUUUAUUCAUUGAUCUUUUAUCUUUCUUUUAAAGUUUUGCAUUUGUAAUCACUUUUAAUCUAUUUUAUGUUUGAGAACUUUUUACCUUUUAUUAAAGAAAUGGUACAAGUGCAUUUCAACAGGUAUUGAGGUUGUGUUUUAGUAUAAAGCUGAGAAAAAUAAAAGUUAUCUGGAAUUUA